AUUGAGACCAAGUCACAUGCAUGACAUGAGCUACAGUAGCAUUUUGAUCAGAUUUGUUGAACUUUAAAUUUUUUUCAUUUUAUAAAUAGUACAUACAUCUAUACAACAUAUUUUAUUUUUUGUUAAGACACUUUUCUUGUGGGUGGUUUUAAAAAUCUAUCUAUUUUUUGUUUUUCAUUUUUAAAAUAUGAGAAAGAUUGUAUCUUCUUUUUUAAUUCAGCGAACUUCUUGUUAUUUCUGUUGCUGUGGAAGAGGGAGGCACGAAUAGAGAACACACCAGAGGUGAAUGGAAUUAGAUCGGCAGGCCAUGAACUCAUCCAGUGUCACGUCAUUCCUCCUGACCGCAUAUGAAGACAUCGGAUUGAUCAGAUAUUUUUGCUUCUUCGUCAUUUUCAUUAUGUACUCGUCAAUCAUUUUGGCAAACUCACUGCUAAUAUCACUGAUUUGUGCAGAGAGAAGUUUGCAUGAACCCAUGUACGUGUUCCUGUGCAAUCUGUGCAUAAAUGAAUUAUAUGGAAGCACUGGCCUGUACCCAGUACUGUUACUGAACAUGCUAUCAAAAACCCACGUGAUCUCCAAAACGCACUGCAUUCUGCAAGUUUUCUGCCUCCACUCCUACGGAACUGCAGAACUUUUGAAUCUAGCUGUAAUGUCUUAUGACAGGUAUGUGGCCAUCAUUCAGCCUUUACAGUACAACCUGAUCAUGACGCCGGCAAAAGUGGUUGCCUUUAUUUUUGUUAUCUGGAUGUACCCCAUCCUAAAAGUAGCUACUACCGUUAUUUUCACUAUGACGCUACCUUUAUGUGGAAAUACCAUUAAUAAAGUUUACUGUGACAACUAUUCGUUAGUCAAGCUUUCAUGUAUAAAUACAACUACUAUUAAUGUUUAUGGUCUGGUUAAUUUGUUUUUAAGUAUUGUCGUUCCCUUUUUCUUUAUUUUUUACUCUUACGCUAAAAUAUUUAUUGUAUGUUUAAAAUCAAAAGGCAGCCGGGCGAAAGCCCUGAAGACCUGCACUCCUCAUUUAGCCUCAUUGCUAAACUUUUCUGUUGCUUGUUUCUUUGAAAUUGUUCAAAGCAGAUUUGACUUGUCUUACAUUCCAUCCUUAAUUCGGGUGAUUAUAUCAGUGUACUUUCUAAUGAUUUCCCCAGUCUUUACUCCUAUAAUAUAUGGUUUAAGGCUACCAAAAAUAAGAACUUUAUUCAAAAGGGUAUGUGUCAGAAGGUUGUUUCCACAAUGAGUGCAAAGCAAGAGAGUGAAGACAUCAACUGCCUUGAAAAACAGACCUACAGUAAUAAGACUAAAGUAGACAUUUAGCUUCACCUAGUCUUUAUUUAUACAUUUUCAGUGCUUUACUUCAAAACAUUAUUGGGUG